UCAUUGUUCAUCGGUGCGUGGUGCCGUGCGGUUGUGUUUUCUGCGGUUCUUACGAUAGCCGAUACUUUUUCCGGUCAAUCGCCGAGGGAUUUUUUAUGUGUACUGUUAGGUGAAAAUACAAACAAAUAAUGUUUUGAAUACUUCAAGCCGAGCUUCCAUAUUUGUAGAGAGGGCCACCGCCAUCGAAGACCGUUGCGAGCUGCUGCAGCAAAUCCUGGUUUCACUUUUCCGAUUAAAACGGAAUUGGCGCGCAGCUGCGGUACCCUCUGCACAACAAAACGAGUCCCAUUCGCGAAGGAAGAAAAAUUUCAUGAUUCAUGCAAACGGAAUUUUUGCCACUACUAUUCUAGAAGUGCUGGUUAUGGUCUGGCUAACAAUAUUUUGGCUUGAAGAAACGAGAAACGCAAAGCGUGUAAACAUGAAAUAACUCUUUGAAAAUUCAUACCAGCUGUGAUAUGUGCUGAUUGUGUUUUCCAGUAGUAAUAUAGUGAGCCAAGGGAAAAGUGCAUAUGAAGGUUUUAUUUUCCGCACAGGAGAUUAAGAAUAAAUCGAUAAAUAAGAAGAAUACAACGUGAUAAUGUGUGCCGAUCGAAAAGUGAAAAGCCCCAAAAUGUGUUCCCACUUGCGGGGUUUAGUGGCCAUCCUCACGCUGUUCGGAUUUGUGGUCGGAGCCUACGGGGGAUCCUGCCGGGAGUCAUCUCUGUGCUGCAACGGGCGAGAUUCGUCCUGUGUAGUUCAAAAAGCGCCUCUCAAUGCGAUUAUCGAGGAUUUAAAUGAUAAGCCCUGUUACUGUGAUCACGCUUGUUUGCGGCUCGGCGAUUGCUGCGAGGAUUUUAAAUCUCACUGUGGGGUCAUCGAUUGCGUCGUGAGUGAAUGGGGCCCCUGGAGUGAGUGCGACACCACCUGCGGAACUGGCAUGAUGUCACGGACCAGGAUAAUUGAACAGAAACCACAAAACGGCGGCAAACACUGUCCGUCAUUGGUGCAAAAACGGGGCUGCCAAGGACUCAAAUGCCACAACCAUCACGAUCGGAAGGUGCUGCGAGAAACUGCCCUCUUGCUGCCAGCUGAUCUUUCCAAGAGCAGACACGAGAACGACACCAGUGACAUUCGUCGCAACUUGAGACUGCGAUACAAGAAUGCAUUCAAGCACAACCGAGGAAACGAGUACUGCAUAGAGUUUGAAGUAAUUAAAGCAACCAAGGCCUGCCACCGGGACAAAACCUAUAGCGCUCUGGCUGAAGGAGACCGCGUGGUUGUGCGCUGCGAACUGGAGGCCCUGCACGAGGACAAGACAAUGGUGGACACGGUGGCGGAAAUCUCGAACAACUCAAUCCAGGACGACGAAGCGGAUGAACGCCAACAGCAACAGGAACGAAAACCGAAAUUCCGAUGUCGCGGGGAAGGACUGACCGGACGCAGCACUCGAUUCUCCAGCUUGGCACUGCCAUCCUGCCGAGGCAAAUGGAUGCGCGUGACGACCAAGCAGCUGAAAAAAUGCUCCACUAUCGAGGCACAGUUCAUUUUCGUCUAGACGAUGUGACUGCUGCUGCCUUGGAGCGAAGUGGAGUCACACCACGAGAUAAUAGAACGGUCGGUUUAAGGUGAAGAUAAAUCGAAGCCAACACUUGAAUCUUCAAGAGCACAAAUCUGGAGAACCAUUCAUUUACGUUGCAAAUUUAAUCGAGAGGUUACUUACCAGUGGAAUUUUUAGCGCACACGGAUAAAAAUCUGAAUCCAAAUUUUGAUUUACAAGUCAUGAAAUUCAUAAUUAGGUCAUGGCGACAAAUCAUGAUUCUUCGUAAACGUAAAUAUUCAAUAAAAAUGAGAUAUUUUUCAAUCAUAAUAAUAAAAAAAUCAACGAACUCAGUACUUAGUUUUUUUUUACUAAAUACAUAAUGUUUAGUCUUUAAAAAAAACGUCAAUAAAUAGUGGAGAACUCUCACAAGAGUUCUGGACGGCACUGAAUUCCGGAUCCUCGUGGACGACUUCGUAUCCUUGGCCCGCCAAUUAUUUUUGUACGCUAGGGCACUAAGGGAGCUGGAAAAAUCCGCAAUUGACGGCACUGGGUCUUGUUGGUCGGGUUCCUUUCCUACGUCACGUGCGGUAUCUUUUUUUGCUCAAGAUACUCCAGCGUCUUCUUGGCGUAAUGAGAAGACCUCUCGUCCGGCUAGAAGACGUACUUUCCAUCCGACUUCUGGCCAGAUAUUUUCGGUCGGCGUCACGCAAACUCGUACCGUCCUUGUGGUCGGACAGCCUUUUCAAUGCUUCCUUGUUCUUUGUUUUUAUCUUCGCCGGACGGCCGCUAUCGGCCUUCCGUUCGAGGCUCAGGGAUGCCAGGAUCCGGUAAACUGUACUCACGGGCGCGUUUUCGUCACGAAAGGUGUCUACCGUAAACUUUUUUCCACGAUGACCAUGUGUUUCGUAAAACCGAACAACACGCUCGCAGAGUGCAUGCUGUUUCGACGCCAUCUUCGAUUGAACCCGAGCGAAAAGAAAGAUGCAACCCAUUUUUAGAGGGGCAUGAGAGCAAUUAUCUUAGAGAGAAAAAAAUCUACUCUCUUUACUUGAUUAACAGAAAGGUACCAAAUAAUUCUCAUUAUUAGUAUCAUCUAUGAAAUAAAAAUAUUUGAAGAUGGCACAUAUCGAUGUGAUUAAGUAUAGAGAAAUCUUAGACUCUUCUUUGAUGCUCACGUAUUUUGAAAGAACCUACCAUUUUUUUUUUAAUUUCUGUCAAAUCGGAAAAAAUAAAUAAAUUCCAGGUAAAUGUUACUUCCGGGUAAGGGUUUUCCAGUAAAUGGUUCAUUCUCCAAUAAAUGAUUUUCCGGUAAACUGCAUUCCGGAUAAUGACUCAUGAGAUCAUGGCAUCAAAUAAUCAGAUGGAAACACACUUGAAUCAAUUCACGUGUCAUCAUAAAGAUUUUGGGAUUUUGAAUUCUACCCGCACAGGACACAUUCUGGUUCUCUAGAUUCUUGCUCUCGAAAAUUCGAUAUUUGGCUUAGUUUUACCUUCACCUUAAACCGAGUGGCGGAGGAUCCUUUCGAGAAGAGCAAAAACACACCACGCCACGUGAAAGUGACACCAUAAAUGUGUGUAUCAUUGACAAUAUUCAGCUAUUGGGAGGGACAGUUUGUAGAAAGGGCAGGAACUCGUGGAACUCAAUAAAGUCACUCGAUGUAAUGAAAACUGUUGGGAAUAGAGUAAAAACAAAAAACUAAAAAAGACUAACAAAGAAGAGAAAACCAUUAUAUGCAGAGAGAUAGAUCAUGUCGCACGAUAUGGGCACGAAAAGGACGACGGUAACUUGUUAGUUUUAGGACAGGUGGCAGUGACAUUUACUGUCACAAGUUUUUAAAUCUCAUCUUGAUAGAGAAUGAAAAGAGAACCUUAUCGAGAGAUUUUAUAUUCUAAGACAUAGAUAAGUAGUUAAAUCUAGGGGAAAACAGGACACACCGAACAUGAUUAAGCUGGCUGUUCGAAUAUCAAUCACUAUUUAUUCGUCCCAUGACAUCCAUUGUGAACGGCAAAGUACUCAAAAUAUCAAUAAUUUAAAAACACUUAAUUGUAGGAUACUCCAACUGCCAACCUUCUGGCUUAGGUAAUGCGUUACUCUUACUCACCAUUUAUUUCAUCUAUCACAAUAAGUUCAUUAGGAAUCCCCUUAAAAUGCCACAGGACUUCGACUUAGCAUUUGAUUAUCUUAUCUUUACCAAUUUCAUGAAUCGAUGAAUAAAACAGAAUGUUAGUGCCAUAUCGAAAGUAUCAUGCAUUAAUUCAUUUUUCAGCAGCAAUUAGCCCUAGUGUGCACCAAUUUCCGGUUCAGUCACAAAAAGUUGGAACAAAAACCAGUUACAACUAUGGGAAUCCAAUUCUUAUAAAUAGACUUAAUUUUUUGGUUCAGUUGAAAAGUGUAAAAUAAUGUUCAAUACAGAAUUCUAAACCAACCUA